AUGACGGGCAGGACCGCUGCCACCCCCACACUGAGUAUGAAGCUUCUCGUCGACACCAAGGCGCGCCGCGUGCACUUUGCGGAGGCCGGCAAGGACGUGGAGGACUUCCUCUUCUCCUUGCUCGCGCUGCCCAUCGGCACAGUCGUCAAGCUGAUCGGCGGCAAGUCCAUGGUGGGUAGCGCCGGCGACCUCUACCACAACGUCGAGCUUCUCGACGGAACCUACGUCCAGCCCGGCGCGGCCAAGGACACGAUCCUCCGCCCGGUCAUGGCCCCCUCGCCGGCCAACAGCGCCCUCCUCGGCCUGCCGGCCCCGACGCCGUCCAACAGAUUCUCAUUCUACAGGUGCUCCUCCUACGCCGCUUACAUCAUUUGCCGCGAAUACGUGACAGACGUGAGUGGCACCAAAUGUCCCAGAUGUUCCUGUGUGAUGACGACCCAAAUCCAGUACGCGCCGCUUGCCGGUGCCGUGGCUGGCGUUGCGCAGAACGCGCCCACCGCGGAUGGGUUCGUGCGGGGCAUCGUGACGUACACGGUGAUGGACAGCCUCGCGGUGUCGCCCAUAUCCGCCAUCUCCAGCAUCGCGCUGCUCAACACCUUCGCGGUCACGGAUCUCACCGCGCUCCAGGAGAUGACCGUGCACAUCGGAUACAAGGAGGGUUUGGAGAUAUUGAAGGCCUCGCCGCAAUCCAAGACUGUUCUCACCGAUGUCUUCCUUUGA